AUGCUGAAGAAUAUCGAGCAAGAAAAGAUGCAGUACCAGCAAAGGAUCGACUUCAUCUCAGCCUUCACGGUACUGUUUUUCUUUCUGUCGUUUUCUUUGCCUCAUCAGCGACCAUUACAGGAAGAAGAUGUCGUGAAUAUCGUAGAGCAUAUUCCGGAAGAACAGGAAAGUUCAAAUAAAACGACUGCUUCCGUUAGAACGCCUGCGACUAAGCCUCCUCCAGUUUCAGAUAAAAGACCAUCCGCAGUAUCUGACGAAGAGUUCGAAAGAUUGAUGAAAAGACUCGAUGAACUGGAGGUAGAGGAAGAGAAGGAAGAACAGUUGUGUCUGAAUGAUCAGUCAGAAAGUGUGGUCGAGAGCAGCACCAGCGACGAAGUCAGUGAAAGCGCGUUCUUGAAAAAACGGGUCUCAUGGAAAGAGGAACUUUGUGAUUACAUAGAACACAGUCCUUUAAAAAGUGAGGAUGAUGCUGAAACAAAAACGGCAGCCAGCGAAGCUGCUGCAGUCUUCAGCUCUCCUCCCAUCUCAAUUUUGAAAAACUGUACGGAACAGUCACCAAUCGAUGCAACUGCGAACCUUAUCGCGGACGUAGUCGAAACUCCACCUCCGCCGAAGGGCCAGAUGGGUAAAUUUUAUGAGACCGUGCCACGCUCUCAAACCUUUCUUUCUCGUCCGGGAUUGGAACCGUCCAUGGCUGAGUUGCAUUUUCCGGUGUGGUUGUGGAACGAUCUGGCGAGAGCUCCGUUACGAACCUCCAGCCUAUUUCUUCAGUUUCCAAAAGAAAAUCCGGAUCUCGGUUUUCAAAAACCCGUCUGA